CUGGUUGACCAUUUUCGUAAACUACUGGUGAUUCCUUAAACAUGAUGUGGACAUCUAUCCUGUGUCUUCUUCUGGCGGGUGCAGUAUCCGCAGCACCACUUUCACCGUUUUUCAAUUAUCUCCCUCAUUAUGGCAGCCCGAAGCAGGGGAAUAAUGGUGGCUUUCAGGGAAUACCAUCACAACCUGGUCUGAACGCACCAAUCAGCAUGGAAAUCAUUUUCCCACCGAGAUUCCCUACUAAUCCAGCAGGGGGCAAAGCGGGCACAUCGUCAUUCCCUACACAAGCGUUCAUCAAGUACUCUCUCCCCAAGGCUCCCGGCAGAAAAAGCGUGGAAAUCUUUUACCCCUAUGACUUCAGUCAGCACCAGGACCAACCAAAUGUUCCCCUGAUACCUCAAUUUCCAAAUAUCUUCCCCUUUCACUUCAUGCCACAGACAGUGCCUCAACAGCCACCCAUGAACCCACCAUUCCAGGAGGAACAAACCCAAGAUCCUCAGCAGCAAACCCAGCCGGAGCAGCAGGCUCAGACAGGAGAGGUGUCUAACAAGCCAUGAAGACCGGCUCAUCUUUGCAGCUGAGUGAGAGACAAACAUCAAACAAGAGUGUGAACCCAUUCUCCCCAAUGCUAUUUAGAAUUAGUACUUUUUUCCUGGGAUAAUAAUUUAAAACACGAAGAUAAUGAUCUACACAUGUAACAUUUCUUUUUUAAAGAUCUGUAAAUGCAUGGAAUGCAGAUAGGAAUGUGCUGUUUGGGUCUUAUUCUGAUGUGAGAAAAUUAUACCUUAAAGCAAAUGUCAGUUCUGAAUAUUUUCUCAUGUAUACUUUUGUGAGUAGUGUUUCAUUAAUAAAGUUGAUUAAAGAACAACUCA